AUGAUGAUUGCUAAUUUGACAGGGAUGAGAAGCUUCUUGAUCCUUGGAUUCCCUGGACUUUCUCCAAAGCAUUACGGACCUGUGUCAGCUCUGCUUUUUUUCAUCUACCUAGCUAUUGCAAUAGAAAAUAUUUUCAUUUUGACAUUUGUGAUCUUUGAGAAGUCUCUGCAAAAACCAACAUAUCUGGUCUUUUGUCACCUGGCUCUGAAUGACUUAACAUUUGGCACUUUGACUCUCCCCAGGAUAAUAUCAAAAUACUGGUUUGGUGAUAGCAUUAUUUCAUUUUAUGGGUGCUUUACACAGAUGUUCUUUGUUCAUUAUUUAGGAUCAGUAACUUCGUUCAUGUUGUUGGUAAUGACUCUCGACCGCUUUAUUGCAAUAUGUAUUCCACUGCGUUAUCCUGUCCUAAUGACAAACAACAUCAUAUCUGUGCUCUGUGGGUUUGCUUGGUUCAUCCCUCUGCCUUUGGUGGUAGCUAUUGUACUCCAUGCCCUCACUUUACCUUUCUGUAAAUCAAAUAUCAUUGCUCAGUGCUACUGUGACCACAUUUCUAUAACAAGUCAGGCUUGUGGUGAGAAUGUUAAAAUUGUACAGGUCACUGCUCUCUGCGUGGCCAUGAUUUGUCUAUUGCUUCCUCUUGCAUUCAUCGUGUUUUCUUACAUCUCUAUCCUUGUGGUUAUUUUGAAAAUGUCCAAUGCUGCAGGUCGCAAGAGAACCUUAUCAACUUGUACCCCACAAAUAUUCAUCACUUGCCUCUUUUACCUUCCCAGGUGUUUUGUUUAUGUAUCUAAUACUGUUGGAUUUUCUUUCAGUUUAGAUGUGCGUAUUUUCUUGAUAUUGUGGUACAGUCUUCUCCCUGCUGCUGUUAAUCCUAUCAUAUAUUGUUUUAAGACUCAAGCCAUUAAGCAGAUGUUAAAGAAGAGGCUGAGGAAAACUAAAAUUGGAACUAAGAUACAACUUUCAUAUUAA